UUCGCGCGAACUCUAAUCAGAGAUGCGCCCAUUCUGAUCAUGCGUACGGCACCACUUAUUGGCUCCUCGUCUCCAAAUUUCCCCACCAAACAAAACACUUACGUCAACAUUUCACUUGAACUUAUAAGCUUCAACGCCCCAUUUCAUCCUAUACGCUUCCAUAUAAUUCUUCCAUCUACCCCUUCCAUUUUUCUGGGUCAUCAUUAUCUGUGCAUCUGCUGCCCGCACCCCCCCGUUACCAUGAACAUUCUCGUUUCCACCCCGAGCAAAGGAGGCUUAAGUAGUAAUGCACAAGCUCAGGCCGGAAUCCCAGGCACGCUUUUCCCGUCGAGCCACGCCGUUUAACGCCACUUCCAGUUUACACCCCACCAACUCUACUGGCGCUUCUCCCAUCGCCCAUGUCGUUAACUUUACCCGCAAAGGCCGGCAAUACGUGGCCAUUUCCUACCACGACGCGAUCCUCCAGCUCUACUGCCGCUCUCCCUCGCUCGGGUCGCCUAAUCCUCGCUUUGAGCUUAUCAAGCAGUGGCCAGCACACGUCGAUGGAAGAAAUGACUGCAUCAUAGGCCUCGUUUACUCGCUGGGGCUCCUCUACACCUGUUCGUCUAGAGGCAAUGUGGUUGUGCGCAACUUGGACGAUGAUGACUGCAAUUUCAGCCAAAUCUCCGUGGUUAUGGCCAGUGGGGUGCUCCAAAACGUCAUUGGCCGUGAGGGGAAGGGGUUGGUGCUGGUUUUCCGUGUCUGUCCCACCAACCCCAAGUUGAUAGCAGUGGCAGGACAGCGGUUAGGGGUUACGCUAGUAGAGUUGUCGCUCUCCCUACCAGUUGACUCGUAUCCUCGUGAAAGAGUGGUUUGGCGGAGCAAAGCUGAGAGGGAUAUCUGGAUUGGCGAUGUGGGGUUUCUCGGCAACCAGGGAGAGGGUCACAAGCUCGUAGCAAGCACCCGCUUCGGCAGAGUGAUGUUAUACCACACGGCAAAAUCCGAGUCGCCCAUCGCGGACCUACAGGUGUCCCACCAUCCCAUUCUAGCGAUAAAGCUUCUUCCAGGCAUACUCCUCUACCAGGACUCCUAUGACUUACUCGGCCUCAUAGACUUGGAGUCCUUUAGCGUGACAGACGAGUUCCACAUUCCUCUCCAGGGUUCGCUAUCAUGUCUUGAAGUGGUAGACGCCCAAGGGCCCACGGUGCUUGUCUCCACUCUCGAUAGGCGACUCAAGUUGGUGAGGUUGGGCCAAGCAGGGAGAUUCGAAGUGCUUGACUCGGUUUGUUUCAACGCCCAGGUGCGACAGGUGAGCGUGUUUCCGUAUCAGACGUCUGGCCGGCAACCGGAGGGUACUAAAAGAGGUUUGGCGAAAGAAAGCUGGAGCGAGCCGCUUGUCAAAGGUGAGAAGGAAACGGUCGAUGAGGGCGUUUCUGACGUCAAACGGGCGAGACUAGUGUAAUGCCUUUUUCACUGUACAGAUUUCACGUGCUGUCAUGUUGACCGUACGAAGUGCUGUCUGCUAUAUACACAGUCAUGAUAAUGAAAUUUGGGGAAUGUAAGGUAUCAAAUAGACCAGAGUCAGGACUGCGAUUGUAGUGGGUUCUCUAGAACGGUCCCUUUAACUACGUUGAGUCUGAUUAGCCGAGAAACGACCCGUAAGCUUUUAGGAUGGU